CCACCCGACUCCUCUGCCUCCUCCACCGCGUGCGUGCUGGUCGCAGCUCCGGGGGGAGACCAGACCAGACGACCUCGCCCGCCCGCCCGCCCGCCGCCGGAGGGAGCCCGCCCCGCCUCCCGUCCUCCUCCUCCCGUCCAGCGCCGGGCAUUGGGAUCUCGCGGCUCGCCCCCGCGCCACCCCGUCCAAACCCUAGCCGCCGCCAGGGGUGGGUCGCGUCGCGGCAGCAGGAUCCAACGUUACUCAACAUUGAUUAUGCUUGGUGGAUGAGGAUGCCACAAUAAAGAAGGUGGGGGUUUGAUAAGGUUCUUGAAGCUGUCCAGUGAGGGUUUAGAGUUGUUGUCUUUGAAGACUAUAACCCAUGUUAGUGAAUAAAUUGAAAAGGGAAGGUGGCUGGUGAACUUGAGUUAAGACAUGUCCAAAUCUACUCCUGUUAAAGCAAGCAAGAAUUCUGAAUUGAAGAAAUCUGCAGCCAUCUUAACAAUAGCAAAUGGCCAUGCUUGUAAGAAGGAUGCAAUUGGUGGAGAGCAUCCUGUCCAUGACAUCAAGUCCACUGGCACUUGGAUCUGUAGAAAUUUGGCCUGUAAAGCUGUUGUAACAGCUGAAGAUUCUUUCUGCAAGAGGUGCUCAUGUUGUAUUUGCCAUCAGUUUGAUGACAAUAAAGAUCCUAGUCUAUGGUUGGUUUGUGCAUCUGAGAAUGAUGACAAACAGUGCUGUGGUUCUUCUUGCCAUAUCGAGUGUGCCCUCCAACAAAAGCGGGUGGGAUGCUUUGAUCUUCAAAAAAUUAUUCAUCUUGAUGGAAGUUAUUCAUGUGCUUCAUGUGGGAAGAUAUCUGGGAUACUAGGUUAUUGGAAAAGGCAAUUAGUGAUUGCAAAGCAGGCUCGCCGAGUUGAUAUACUCUGCCACCGCAUCUAUGUGAGUUAUCAGUUGUUGGAGGGUACGAGCUGUCAUACAGAAUUGCAUAACAUUAUUCAAGAUGCAAAAGCAAAACUCGAAUGUGAGGUCGGUCCACUUGAUGGAAUGUCGGCAAAGAUGGCACGUGGUAUCGUAAGCAGGUUAUCUGGUGGUAGUAACAUACUGAAACUUUGCUCUCUGGCGAUUCAAAAAGUUGAUGAGUUGUUGAGUUCUCCAUCUCCAGGCUUGCAUCUUCGAGGUUCAUUACCAGCUGCGUGCAGAUUCAACUUCAUAGAUAUUACAUCGUCUUCCCUUGUUAUCAUCUUAAAAGAAACUAAGUUGGCAUCAUCGGACACCAUCAAAGGUUAUAAGCUAUGGUACUGGAAGAGCAGAGAGCAACCAAGCAUGGAUGAGCCUGUUAUUUUGUCAAGAGAUCAAAGAAAAGUACUUGUUUAUAACCUCGCCACAUGCACAGAAUAUUCCUUCAGAAUCAUAUCAUUCACAGAUGCUGAUGCAACCAUUGGGCAUUCCGAGUCUAAAUGUUAUACUGCGAGCAAGGAGGUAUUUGUCAAAUCUGUGACCCAGAAGGCCACGCAAAUAUGCCCGCAGACGCAGAUAACGGAUAGGAGCCAGGCUUGUAUGUCCACUGGAUUUAGGAUCCGAGAUGCUGGGAAGAUCUUGCGGCGAGCUUGGGCUGAAGAAGGCUGUUUUGAGGAUAUGUACGAAGGUUCAUGUGACAUAAGUGCCACAGAAGCAGACCAGGCAGAGAACAGUGAACAGGGUCAUUUCUUAUCUGGUGCAUGUCGCAAACUUCAGUUCAAUGCAUUUUCUGUCCCAGACCUAAAUGCACCCAUGCCCAUGGACAUAGACUCUUCCCCUGAGAAGAGCUAUGAUUUAAAUAACAGACUUUUAAGAUCAAAUGACAGUGGUGGCUCAGAGGCUUGCGAGGCAGUCAGGAGCGCGGAGCCGGCUGCUGUUGAAUCUCGACCAGGAGGCAAGGCAAAGCAGCCCAAUGGUGCUCAGAAUGAAAGCUGUGAGCAGGAUGGAGUUUCAGCCAUCUGCCGCCAAAAGCAACUUCUGAAAAGGCCUAGAGUGCUGGAUGAGGACUAUGAGUAUUGUGUGAAGGUGAUACGGUGGCUGGAGUGUGACGGGCACAUAGAGACUGAUUUCAGAUUGAAGUUUUUGACUUGGCUGAGUCUAAGAUCGACUGAGAAUGAGCAUAGGGUUGUGAACACAUUCAUCAAAACACUAAUCAAAGAACCAAGCAGUCUGGCUGAGCAGCUUGUUGAUUCUUUCGGAGAGAUGAUAAACUGCAAGAGACCAAAAGUAGGUUUCGGCAGUGAGCUAUGGCAUUUGGACAAACAAUAACAAUUCAAGAGUUCGCUAACUCAUUGGUAUUCUAUAGUUUUUCCGAUCAAGGGCAGUGAAUUCCGGUUGCUUCUAUCGUCCAUAAUGAGAAUAUAAACUUGAUAAUCAUCGCAUCGACCCAGCCGUCAGAUUAUUAUCAUACCUUAUAAGUUCAGAUCAGACCGUGCACAAUUUUCUUGAGAGUCAUCAUUUCGACCCGUCGCCAGAUUACCAUACCUUAUAAGUUCAGAUCGGAACAUGCACAAUUUUCUUGAGUCGUCAUUCGAGCCUAUGGGAAUAGGAUAUUUGAUUUACUUAGAAAUUCCUAUCUUCUUGAUUCUACUUAGGAAAAUCAUUUUAGGCGGAAAAUAUAUUGCAUUGAAAGAUUCCUGUUCCACCUGGAAGUAGUGGAAACAAUUUUAUAUUCUCAUUGGUUUAGUACUCUAUAUUCUGUCAGAGCCCUGGAAAAAUCUUAUAUGAUGUCAUGUAUGGCUUACAUCUACUUGGUACCUCUUUUUCAGUAUGGAUGAUUUUUUGGUACUGGAUGUUGGCUAGGAUAUAUUUGGCUGGUAUAAAUGUUCGGUAUUUCCUGUUUUUUGGUU